AUGUACUCGCACGAGAACAUACCCAAUUGCGUUCCGGAUAGCUCAUUAUCCUUCACUUCCCCCGGCGGGUUACAGCUCCCUCCUAAGCUCGUUCUAUACGUCUUCUCCAUCCUCGAAGUUCAAGGCGCAUGUGGAACGCUCGCCAGGCUCCAGGAGUCUUCGCGAAUCACAUACAAGCACGUCAAUCUAUAUUUGUAUCGACACUUAUAUCUAUUCCGAUCAACGUUCGACAAGCUCUUCGCGUUCUUCCACCAAGAGGUCUCACGAGCGACAUCAUGGGAGUCUCCGGCUUUUUCUGCGCUUAGACAGCUUAACGAUCCGAUGGAUGAUGUCGGUCAAUUGUUAUCUUUGUCUCCAGGGGCAAGGAUGAUAUCACUCUUCACCCUUGUGAAAAAGAUAACUUUGACAUUUGAUAUCUCUGAAGAAUCUGAAAUCUACCCAUUCGAGGCUUACAAGAUUGUCGCCAGGGCUAUGAGUCAAUUUGAUGGAAGACGACUGUUUUCUGAGGUCACGCACUUCAGAAUUCUGGGAUCACGAACUUUUCGCUGGUCACCUGGACAAGUCCUCUGGUUCUUCGCUCUUUCCUGUCAACCUAAACACCUCUGUAUCAAAUGGCCGGACGAAACGUGGAGCUUGAUCCAUGUCACCGAGGAUUUCAAGUCCAACCUCACCAAAGUCGUCGUACACAACGUUGACAGGGUUGCUAUCCCUUCAACUGGGGAUCUUACUAUCGACAUGUCCUACGCCAUCUCGAACUGCAAUCAUGAAUCAUGCGCAUCAGGUGAAGGCUGUGCACUCACUACGUUAGCUCAUGCUCGCUCGCUUUCUGACACCGCUUCUCUGGUCUCGCAAGCAGAGCACAGAAGCUCGUACUCAAUUUUGAGGAUCUUGAGUGGAGAUGGUAUGACAAAAGAAUCGGAACAUGUAUGUAGGCAGAUCGUCAACAUUGCUCGCCAAUUUCUCGAAGAAGAUAGCGGCAACUCUCAUUUCUGGCACAAGCGCUUUGCGUCCGAGGAAAAGAAAAUUGCAUGGGAAAAGAGAUACGUAUCGUUUCUUGAUACUGUGGUCAUCGUCCCACACAAGGAAGCAUUGGCUGAGCCGCCAUGCGAAGUCUGCGGAGGUAAGUAA